GCCAUGUUUGUUCUGCUUAGGAACACUGACAUUGUGAUGCUAUCUUUUCAAGACACGUUGCCAUGGUGAUGGUCACUCAUUCGGGUGCGUCUUGUGGAUGGAAUUAAGGACCGUCAGCUUGCACAGAAUGACCACAUGGACGGGAUGGAUAUGCAGCGUCUGACGACAUCACAUGGAUCAUUGUGAAUUAGCCACCCUCCCCUGUGUAAGAUGACUGUUCAACACAAUAUAUCCAUGGCAGAAAUAAACCUAUCAUUGUGUCAAGGCAACUCUACGUCGGAAGACUAUGGCCAUCUAAUCAGAGUGUCCGACAUCAUAAAACAAUUCUACAUCUGGGUUGUCUUUGUCGUUGGUUUCCCUGGCAACAUCAUCAGCGCCAUUGUGGUCACCAGGAUGUGCCAGCAACGUCUGACAACGUCGUUGUUCUACGUCGGUUUGUUGGCAGUGGUGGACAACAUCGCCAUUGUUCUGAAACUCGUAGAGAACCAGUCCCAGAACAGGAGACUCGCCAUGGACGAUAGAAGUUGCCGAGGAUUGUUCUUCUUGGGACUUGUCUUCUCUACGUACGCAAACUGGAUACUUACUACCGUGGCAAUGGAGAGAUUCCUGGCGGUGAGGUACCCGUUCAAGAUGGCGGUCAUGUGGACCGUGAGGAAAGGUCUGGUGAUUAUUUCUUGUGUGUUUGUGUUGCUGUGUCUGAUCCACCUGCAUCUGUUUUGGACUGUCAUUCACUACGAAGGAUACACAUGCACGCUGACAUUAGAAGGUCCAUCCUUUAAGGCCUGGUUCUAUGUCGGGUCCUUCGUGUACGCCAUCCUGCCGGCUUCCUGCCUCUUCAUCUGCAACAUCCUCAUCAUUAUCUACGUCAGGAGGUCGGCCAACAAUCGACGGACUCUGUCAGAGAACCACUCGACCACUGUUGCCACAAGAAGACUGGAUGCACAGAUCACAAAGAUGUUGGUAAUUGUUGCGGCAGUGUUUAUACUUCUGUCGUUUCCAAGAUGCAUUUUCUUGGUUGCAAAUGGCUACUGGAAUCCAACUAGUUGUUCUAUAGGUGAAGCGAGAAAAUAUUUCCUCGACGUCCUGACCACCAACAUCGCCGACAGCAACCACGCCGUUAACUUCUAUCUGUACUUCCUAGCUGGGAGGAGAUUCAGACAUGCCUAUUCUUCUAUCAUCCGGGAUAUUUCGUUCAGAAAAAGAAGCGUGGAAAAAACCCCACCCCACACAGACAGCGAACUAAGGACGAGACAAUAAAAUGGCCCUUGCGGAGUGACAGAAAGAUUUGUUAUACUGCAAAGAUAUUUUUCAUGUUUAGAUUGAUAUUUUGCUUUACGAAGGUUCGGAAUUCUGACAUGAUUGGGGCAGUGGGGUAGCCAAGUGGUGAAAGCGUUCGCCCGUCACACCGAAGAUCCAGAUUCGAUUCUCCAAUGCGUAAAUUCCAUUUCUGGUCCCCAAUCCGUGAUCUUGCUGGAAUGUUACUAAAGGCGGCGUAAAACCAUACUCCAAUAUGAUCAAGAACACAGAUACGGUGCUGCCCAAUAACGCCGAUUAAGCUCAACUAUUGUCUAACAAUGCAUCAGUACGUGUUCCAAGAUGACAUGGGCUUGUUUAUUUAUAAUUCCCCAUUAAAAUUUUAAAAAAUCAGUGCUGACUGAAGUGGUUGAACUAUUGAGGUUUUCUUAAAACCUAAAAAGUAAUAAUAUUUGACGUAUUAUUCCUUUACACCAAUGUUAAAAGUUAACUUAAUGAAUAAUGCAGACCACCUGGAUACAAAAGGGCCCUUGUCAUUUAUUGUCCUUUGAAGUGCUCUAUUUGUGUUUAUAAAUUAUUAUAAAAUAAAGUAAUUACAU